AUCAAUAUUAUAUUAUUUUAAGGUACAGUAGGUACCGCACGCCAAUUGCUUAUAUAUCUUCGAAACAAACCUGCGGCUGCAUCGAAAUAUCGCUCUACUUUCAUUGGUUUCUCGAUACCCCAAACAGCAUACAAACCAUGGGUUUGAUGCAUGAAUAUUCGCAUGGUCGGUGGAGAACCAACCUUUUUUUGGCCUCAAUAUUACGAACCCGAAAGUCUUGACCAACAUCUUGCGAAAAGCAUCAGCACCACCUGACACGGCGGGCCGUCAACCACAGAUCCCAGACUCUUGACCAGCAUCGUCUUCUAAAGUCUGAUCCAAAUAAAGCAGCGGCAGUAGCCGGCAUGGCUUUACCUCCAGCCCAGCCGGCGUACAUCCUGCGUGGUCAUGGCUCCCAAAUACACUCAACCACAUUCAUACGGUCAAACAGCCGGCUUGUCACCGGCGAUGAAGAAGGUUGGAUAGUCAUAUGGAGCCUGGCAACGAAAAGACCAGUCGCUGUCUGGAGAGCCCAUGAGGGUGCAAUCCUUGGGGCCAGUCCCUGGGGUUUUGACAAACUUAUCACGCAUGGCAAAGAUAACAAGCUCAUUGUUUGGAGACUAUCAGAAGAGGACGAAGCGUCCAUGAGCACUGUGCUGCCAGUUGAUGUGCCGCCGGAGCCGCGGAGAGAGCCAUGGCUAUUACAUGUGCUUCAUGUCAACACCAUGAACUUCUGCUCAUUCGCGCAAUGCCCAUUACAAAGCUCUGAUGAAGAGCUUUUGAUAGCUGUCCCCAAUACCCUCAGUUCCGAAACCGUUGACAUUUUCCAUUUGCCAUCUUCAAUGCGCAUCCAUACUGUUCCUAGUCCAUCUUCAAUCAAGGGUGGGAUGGUGAUGGCUGUAUCCAUAUUCUACCAUCCUCAGGCUGCCUGUCUGACAGUGCUCGCUGCCUACGAAAGUGGCCACACAAGUGUCUCCCAGCUCGCAAACUCAACCUGGUCGCACCUCUACACAUCCCAAGCACACACCCAACCUAUCCUGUCUCUCGACGUCUCUCCUACGAGAGACUUCUAUAUCACAUCCUCUGCUGAUGCCAUUAUCGCUAAACAUCCCAUUCCCGUAGCAGCCGAGAAUGUUAUCAUGGCUGUCGAAAGCAUGCCCUUGAAAACCCUCCAGUCGAAGCACGCCGGCCAGCAAAGUUUACGUAUUCGUAACGACGGCAAAAUCUUUGCGACUGCAGGGUGGGACUCUAGAGUCCGAGUCUACGGUGCGAAGGGUAUGAAGGAAUUAGCAGUUUUGAAGUGGCACAGUCACGGCUGUUAUGCCGUUGCCUUUGCCCAAGUCGAGAACAAAGAGGAAAGCGGAGAGGGGAGUGAGUUGGUCAAAAAGGAGAAUUCUAUGACUGUCAAGGAAGCAAGGUUAUUGAAGGCAAGGACGGCACACUGGCUUGCUGCUGGUAGUAAGGAUGGGAAGGUCAGCCUCUGGGACAUUUAUUAAGUUGACCCUGUACUGUAUGUGUCGCAUAGCAAGCAUGGAUACCCUUUUUGUUCUACGUAAAGAUUGCAUAUCUAAUGGCUAUUAUUUACAGUACUUCGCUCCUCAA